UUGCCCACGAUUCGAGAAAUCAUUAAGUUGUUUAGACUGCAAGCCGUGAAGCAGUUAUCCCAGAAUUUUCUUUUGGACUUGAGGCUGACAGGUAACCUCACUCAAAGUAAUAAAUGAAGAAACUAGAAAGUUCAGAGAAGUUAAAAUGGGGUAGUAAUUCUUAAGUUAGGGCUUCACAGGUGGCGUUACUGGUAAAGCACCUGCCUGCCAGAUCAGGAGACUUUAUAAGAGUCAUGGGUUCAGUCCCUGUGUCGGGAAGACCCCCUGGAGAAGGGAAUGGCGACGCACUCCAGUAUUCUUGCCUGGAAAAUUCCAUGGUCAGGGGAGCCUGGCGGGCUAGUCCAUGGGAUCGCAGAAUCAGAUGCUACUGAAGGGACUUGGCACAGCACACACAGCACAGUUCUUCGUUCAUGUGUUGUAAGGGUUUGCUGUGAGAAAGCGUGUUAAACACCUGCAACGUGGUCAGUGUAUGCUCAUUUUCUCCUGGCACCCGUUGAAGAGAAAACUAUUCUUGGAUAACUGAGAGAUUGUUUUUGCCUCUAAACCUACAAAGAUAAAAUUGUAAGGAAAGCUGGCAAUCUGACAAAUGCUUAUGUAUAUGAAGUGGGCCCUGGGCCUGGGGGAAUCACAAGAUCCAUUCUCAAUGCCGGUGUUGCUGAACUUCUGGUGGUUGAAAAGGAUAGUCGAUUUAUUCCUGGAUUACAGAUGCUUUCUGAUGCAGCACCUGGAAAACUGAGAAUCAUCCAUGGAGAUGUCUUGACGUUUAAGAUAGAAAGGGCUUUUCCAGAAAGUCUCAAAAGACGGUGGGAGGAUGAUCCUCCAAAUGUACACAUUAUUGGAAAUCUGCCUUUUAGUGUAUCAACCCCACUGAUUAUCAAGUGGCUUGAAAAUGUUUCUCAAAGAAAUGGACCAUUUGCAUAUGGUAGAACCCGGAUGAUGUUGACUUUUCAAAAGGAAGUGGCAGAGAGACUUACAGCUACUACUGGAAGCAAACAGCGAAGUCGCCUCUCCAUUAUGGCCCAGUACCUCUGCGAUGUUCAGCACAUCUUGACAAUUCCAGGUCAGGCUUUUGUCCCCAAACCAGAGGUGGACUCGGCGGUGGUGCACUUCACCCCCCUGACACGGCCCAGGAUCGAGCAGCCCUUCAAGCUGGUGGAGAAGGUGGUUCAGAAUGCCUUUCAGUUCCGCAGGAAAUACUGCCAUCGAGGGCUCGGAAUGUUAUUCCCUGAAGCUCGGCGGUUAGAAAGCACUGGAGAACUGUUAGAGCUGGCAGACGUGGACCCGACUCUCCGACCUGCCCAACUCACUGUCUCACAUUUUAAGAGCCUCUGCGAUGUGUACCGGAAAAUGUGUGAUGAAGACCCACACCUCUUUGCUUACAAUUUCAGAGAAGAACUCAGGCAAAAGUCAGAAAAAAGGGGAUGACAAGGAGAGUUGCAGGCUGUAGCUGCUACUUCAGGGGCUUGCCAGCCUGCCAGGUGUUGAAGUUCUCAUGUGUGCUCACGGCUGUGACUUACUCCCCUUUUACAGCUUGGUAGAGAGAAUAAAUAUCAUCAAGUAAGAUACAGUACAAGCUUUCUUUUAAUAUACAUAUAUAUAUACUGCAUAGAUGUGACAGGUUUAGUAUAAACA